GGAAACACAAUCUUUAUUAAAGGUUAUGGCCUUACAGAAGAAAUUGUAAGAAAUCAAUUUCAUAAAUUUGGUAAGAUUCUCAAUUUCUCAGUUUCUUUAAGAUGCAACUAAUUAUGUGAUAAUUUGUGUCAUGCAAAUAAUAAUACAUAAAAUGUAUAUCUAUAGUAUAGAAAAUCGCAUUUUAGUCAUCAUUUUCAUUGUAGAAGUUUCCCAAUAUGAUGUAAUUUGAUGAAUUGCAAAUUACACACGUAAAAACGCACAAAUUGUUACAAGUCUGCAAACAAGUUGUUACAAGCCUGGCUGUGAGAUUCUUACUUGUGUACCCGGAAACUUUGACAGUGGUUGAUCAUGAUGAGGUUUUUUAGUAUAAAGAUAUCUUACAUUUCUUCUCAGAAUGACCAAAUAUUACACAUAUCAAAAAUCAUAUUUAGUCUACCCUGCGAUUGUGCUCUCUAUUACAUACAGAGCCUGACACAGAUCCGGUUGCUUUCCAAUCACACUAUAGUUUUAUAUCAGGAGUCAUCCUAAGGCCUCCCACUUCUAAAUGUAAAAUAGGUAGUUCUAAAACUUAAAAUGAGCAGUUCGAAAAUUGAAUUUUCGAGCUUUAUAUGAAAAUUAGUUAUAAAUAAUAUUAAGCCCCACAAUCAUACAUAUAUUUAAGGCAAAAACAAAAUCAAAUGUCACUCUGAAAACGCAGGAAAUGGCCAUUCUGGACUUCUAAAACUCCAAGGUGGUCUUUUUAGUGAUUUCACUGAUUUGGUUUAUUUUUUAAUUUGGGUGCUUUUUAACACUCAUCCCCAGUCCUCCCAUCAACUUAUUGUUUCGAUAAUAAUAUAUUUAGUGGUUGUAUGUAACUACCACGAUAACUGCAAUUAGAUUGUUGUUAGUGUUGUAUGAAAUCGACAUUUCUCUUGGGACAUUUUGAUUGGAUACUAAAUAUAAAACAGGGGUAAUCUUAAGAAAAAAUUAGAACUGCCCAUUUCGACAAGAACAGACCGUGAGGUAGUAAAGAGGUAAUGGCGUAUUGCAUACCUGAAUAGCUACCCCUGGCCAAGAGCUUUACAAAAAGAUACCAUUCAGUUGUCACACAUGCAUGUCCUUUACCACUUCUGUGACAUGACUUCGAUAUCUGUUUGAGAUGAGUUCGAUAAAGUUUCAUGUUGUCUGCACAUGUACUUUCUUUGGAGACACAAUUUGGCUCCUGACAAAUUGGAAAAUGAUCAAGAUAUAGUGAUCGACUCUGAUUGAUUUACAUAUUGUGUUAACAUAUGACUGUUGACAUUGCUUUUUAGUUUUCUAUAUUUUUGAGUGAGAAUAUUUGAGAAAUGACAAUAAUUUUUUAUUACCCAAUCCUUGAGUUGUUUUGCUUUCAUUUACCAAGCCUUUUACUCACUCAAUAUUUUGUUUGCCCAACUAUUUUCUCUUCGGUACCAACCCCCACCAUAAAUGAUGACCAGUUCAUUAGCAUUAACCAGUCAAAACAUUAAAUCUGAUACUUAAGCUAGAAAUAGCCAAUCAGACGUACGACCACACACAAACUUUUAAUAACAUUUGUAUCAGGCCUUCAUUUUUCUUCGCCCGCUGCGAGAAAAAUAAGGCCUGAUCGCAGGUUAGGGUUAGUCGCACUUUGAUAAUCCUGGUCAGAGUAGUAAUAUCGCACUCAAUGGUAAUAUAAUUAUCUUGCACAUUCAGGCACUGUUACUGAUGUUCGUUUUGAAAGAGACAGGUAGGAAUAACAAUGAUUUUGUAUCUCAUUCACUUAUUGCAUUCGCUUGUUCGCGUUUUGUAAAAACAUGCGUCCUGCCAUGAAGAGGAAAUCUCUGUUUCUUAAAUGUAUUCUUUAGGUUUGGUUUUGUCACGUACAAGACUAGUGAUGAAGCUGAAAAAGCUGUCAAUGAGGUAACGAAUAUCUAUUUCAGAGCGGCAAAUGUUUUCCGCGAGUAGCGGAUAACGGGUGGUGGGUAAUAUUUUGCGUGUUGAUAUUUCAGUUACUGAAACUUUUGUUAAUCGUUUAGGUUAGUAUAUGUUAUUUAAGAAAAAGGAAAUAUUUCUUAGUGUAUGGAAGUUGUAUUAUAUAUUAACUACAGUGAAACACGCUAUUUGAUUGGUCAAUAACCGUGCACGAUCAGGCUAUCCUGCACGAGGAAUUAAAAUGCCUUCGCGGGAUUUUCAAAAUGUCAUUGUUUCACUGUAGUAUUUUAUAAAACAAUUACCAAAUGGUUUUCCAACCAGGAUAGCGUGAUCCAUGCACUUGGGAUGUUGCUCAACUUUCGGAAAGCGUAAAAAACACACGCGCCUGCGGCUCGAGUAUUUUUAGUCGAAGUCUCGCGACAUCCCUUGUGCAUGGAUCAAGCAAACCUGCGCGGAAAACCAUUCGGUAUUCCUUGAAUGUAGUGGUGCAAGUGUAAAUGUUUUCUUUUUCUGAAAUAUUACUCUGGCUGUCUGACAUUGUGCGUUGGGUAGUAUGUUACACCCAGAGACAAGGAUUACAAGCACUUUCUCAACGCUUCGAAAAACUUUGAAUUUACUGAAUUUUCUAUGCCUCCUUUCUACAAAUUAUGCUUUUCAUGCUAUAAUGCUACGUUACUUUAAUUAUUCUACAGGUAUAAUGUUCAAGGUGGGCGAUAUAGGGUGGGGCUAGGAGGGUUAUAGCCCUUGUUACCCCCCUGUCACACACCCCAACUAUAACCCCCCCCCCCAUAUCACCUGCCAUCCCGUUCCUGUCACCCCCACAUGUCACCCACGGAAAAUACCUGCCGAUGGCAGAGCCAUCAUCAGGGAAAUAUACAAAAUAUUCAUGAGAAAAAAACCAACAAUGUGUUGUAACAUAAAGUCGACUCAACGGGAUUUGAAUUCGCAUAUUCAGGACGAUGGCUCUCAAAUAUAUUUGAACAUAUAUUAACUAUGAUUUGAAAUACUGUGGCCAUCGUAAGAUAGGUUUUAAGUCGAUAAGUUGCGAGAAAUGUUGAUUUGAACUUGUGCUGUCCCCAGUUGGCUCGAUAGCUCAAUUGGUAGAGCGUCAGCCGGCUUCAUGGAUUAUGCGAGGUCAAAUCCCGAUUGAGUCAAUUUUAUGUUGACAACGCAGUUUUGGAUUUUCUCAUGAGGUAACGCGGGAUAUCACGUUGUCAUUUCAAGGUUUGAUUUUCUUUCUAGAUGAAUGGUGAAAGGGUUGAAAAUGUUAAUGUUCAUGUUUCCUACGCGAGGAGACAGUACCAUAACGAUAGAGGGGACAUUCCGAUAUCGUCUCGUGGUAAGUGUAUUGUUACAGAUGCGUUAUUUUAUAUGCAUGGAGAUUAUUAACCUGCGAACAGGCUCUCAAGCUGAAUUGAGAGCCUGCAUCGAUGACUAAUGAAUUUGAAUAUCUGCCCCGUAACGUUCGUUUUUCCAAAUAUGGAAUGUCUAUCCUUAUAUGGUGUUGUUUACAACUUUCGUGCAAACUAAAUUUAGACCGUACAGUUUAUACUGUUUUUCGAAAUAUAAGAUAUUCAAGCAAAAGUUUAAAUGUUUUAAAUACUGUUUUCCCAAAACAGAACAUUUCGUGCUUUGAGAUAAGAUGGCCAAGACCAAUUUGAUCAGUUAAUGUCCUUUUUAUGCAUAGUGCUUCAGCAGUUGACAUACAUAGAGCUCAGCGGAAACAUAUAAAUUAUAGCAUCUGACCAAUGAGAAUUUCGCGUCACAAUUUGAGACGCAGAUAUUCAAAUUCAUUAGUCAUCGAUGCAGGCUCUCAAUUCAGCUUGAGAGCCUGUUCGCAGGCUAGGAGAUUAUGUAUAGAUAUGUGUUUAUGGGCAGUGAGGUUCGCUUAUGGAAAACCUGCACCCCUCCUUGCAGAUGAGGCUAGAUCCGCCCCUGGGUUGUAGUUGGACAUUUCAGAGUUUAAAUAACUUCAAGUAAAGCUACGGCGCAUCUUUUGGUGGAGGGUGUCUCUAGCCCCUAAAAGUGCCGCUCCUCUUUUGAGUUUUAUAACCGACUGAUCAUCCCCGACCAAAACGUGAGUUGAUCUGACAUAUUGUCAGACCAAAGUUUUUAAAAUUACGUCGAACUCUGAUGAGAAAUUUUAGCGAGGCGACUGGCGAGUAUUGUGCAUGCAGUUGUAUCACAGCGGUCAGUGCUUUGAUAUAACUACCACUACAUACAUGUACUAUAUAUUAAAUAGGACAUAGUCAGACUCUUUGUGAAAGUCCCAGUAAUCCAACUCCCAUUUUCCCAGUUGAAAAAUAGGCAAAUUCCAGUUAAAGCUAGUUCUAUGUGUAGAUUCGCCACCUCGAGACCAUCACGAAGAACCACCAAAAGUUAACCGAGAACUACAGAAAUAUGACGAUGACUUCUUUUAA